AAGAGGCCGGACUCGGCUAUCGGCCCCAGGUCACCAUGAAGCCCAUCCAUCUGCAUCUCUUCAACGACUUACUGCUGCUCUCUCACGUCAAGGAAGACGGGCGCUUCUUAGUGAAGGACUACGCCUGGACGGGUCACGUCAAAGCUGAGCUUUUCAGAGCCAAACCCUUAGGGCUCCCAGGAUGGACCUUCUGCCUCUCCAUAGCCCAGAACCACAGAGACGAAAGCACGGAGGUGAUCCUCAAGGCAGAGAGCGAGGCCCAGAGACAGGACUGGAUUUCAUGGCUAGCAAGCCGCUGAAACCUUGAGGCAGGAAUCCCCUGGAGCCUCGAUCAGAUUCUCCA